AUGUAUCCAAACACUGUCUUAGAGAAGAAUGAUGAAGGAUCACCAGUUGAUCAAACUUCGUAUAGAGGGAUGAUAGGAUCACUUCUGUAUCUAAUGUCCAACAGACCAGAUAUCAUGUACAGUGAUUGCUUGUGUGCAAGAUUCAAGGUAAAUCCUCAACAAUCACACCUCAGUGCUGUUAAGCAAAUCUUUAGAUAUUUAAUAGUUGCUGCUAAUCUUGGUCUCUUGUACGAGAAAGGUAGUGAUUUCAGGCUAAAAGGAUUUUGCGACGCUAACUAUGUUGGAGAUAGAGUUGAACGAAAGAGCACCAGUGGAGGAUGUCACUUUCUAGGAAACUGUCUAGUCUCUUGGACAAGUAAAAGACAAAGCACUAUAUCUAUAUCCACUGCUGAACCUAAGUACGUUGUAGCUAGCACUUGUUCUACACAACUUCUAUGGAUAAAGCAUCAACUUGAAGAUUACAACAUCCAUGAGAUCAAUAUACCUCUACUAUGUGACAACACAAGUGCCAUCAACAUAGCUAAAAAUCUUGUUCAGCACUCAAGAACAAAGCAUAUUGAAAUCAAGCAUCACUUCAUUAGAUAUCUCAUGUACACACUGAAGAUCAACUUGUUGAUAUUCUCACUAAGCCAUUAUUAG